AUGGAACCGGCUAUUGAUGUAAUCAAGAUCCCACGCAACUAUGUCUCGACUCUGGAAGCCCAGGUUGCCCACCUCACCAGAGAAAAUGAGGAGCUGCGCGCCCGCACACCAACCAGUGAUCCAGUUCAGGUUGCACAUCGACAAGAUGAAGCAAACGCGACAACAGGUAGUCCCGCAGAGCCAGAAGACUGGAUGUCGACUACUCUAGGACGUGUUGUAUGUGAGCCUUCUAAUCAGCCACGCUUCAUUGGAGUCAGCAGCGGAAUCACUCUCGCUAGGCUGGUGAUGGCGGCGCUCCAAGGGUCUCAUGUACCAGCUCCCGGCCAUCAGUCGGGGUACCAAGAGAACCAAGCCUCGGCUCGUCAGGAAACACGAGCGUCAUUGCCGCCUCGGCAUGCUGCCGAGCACCUAGUAGACGUCUAUUUUCAGUAUCAGACCGCCCACUUCCCCAUCGUGGACCGCAGGCAGGUUAAUCAAGCCGUCGAGAGAGCUUACUCUGCUACCUUCAACGAGCAGUCCUCCUCCUCAAAAGACGUCUUCACUGCGUACAUGGUGUUUGCUAUUGCACUCAACAACGUUCAUCACCCUUCUGGCAGUCGUCCUCCUCAGAGUGAGGACUGCUUCCACUCGGCCAUCAGUGAUAUCGACAGAGUUCUUGGAUAUGCCAAGAGCCACUCUGACACUCUCAAGGUUGUAUUGCUUCUAUGUCAAUAUGUUGCUCUUUGCCCCUCAAAAGGCAGCUUAUGGUUGUUGACGGGCCUCGCUCUGCGAUUGGCGCUCGAUCUGGGGUUGCACUGGGAGACUGGUGAACACAGACAACUUGAACAAGCACUGCUUGACGAACGCCGGAGACUCUGGUACUCCACCUAUCUGUUUGAUCGGCUCCUCUGUAUCACUCUCGGCCGGCCUUUCGGUAUAACCGACCAGAGCACCAACGUUGAGCUUCCAAGCCUGGAAUAUGUGCAGUCUCAGCAGGCUAAAGACAAGUUUGCCAUACAUGUGCGGCUUGCGCAAAACCACAUGAUCGGCUUGGCGCAGCUAGAGUCAGAAAUCAAGCACAUCCUGUACAGUCACUUCCGGACAUCCUCUAUUGCGUAUCCCAAGCCGGACUAUGCCACCUGGAUUCGAGAUAUCGAGCCGCGCCUUCAGAGAUGGUACGUGACGGUGCCAUCGCCUAGCCAAGCACAUCCAUCAUCUAUCUUUGCCCUUCAGGCCUAUUGGGACGCCAUAUACAACAACGCUUUGCUCCUCCUUUAUCGGCCCAACCCUAUCGUCUCGCAGCCAUCUCCAGAGGCGACGUGCACCUCAUUUCAUGCCGCUUGCAGUCUCGUCAAUAGUGUCAAGAUACUGCACCGCGCUCGCAAAAUUGAUAUCAUGUGGAAAUGGGUGCACCAUCUGUUCAUGGCCGGAUUGACGGUGCUCUACGGCCUCUGGCAGCAACAGACGCCACUGGACGAGGAGAAUUGCAGCAGGAUUACAACUUUACAGCGUGUUUUGACCGGUGUGGGAAGCGCUAAAGAGAGUAUCUCGAUAUUACAGAGCUGCUCUUCAACACUGUCUGCCUUGGCAGAAAGAUGGCCGGCAGCGAGCGGGUGUCGGGACGUGUUUGAGACUCUGUCGGACUUGACGAUUGACUGGCUGGUCACCAGAAGUGCGGAAGACAUGCAGCGCAGCCGCCUUGACUUUGAGAAGCAGCUUCAUGACAUGCAAGAGCAGUUGCCGCCGCUGUUCCCAGGCGGCGAAGCUGACGGGAGUAGACAGGGUGUCCUGGAUCCCCUGUCUUUGUUGUCUGCGGGAAGUUUCCAGUUCGGUGAGACGCUGAGUUCGGCGGCUGAGUGGCCAGAUUUUCAGGACGUGGACUUUGACGGCUUUGGGUUCGAAGCCCCAGAGCGGAACACUUGA